UUCUCUCUCGGUCCUCCUUUCAGACCCCCUCCCUUCUUGCUCGUCUCGCCGCGUCAUAGUUGUACCUCGCGCCCGCCGCCAAGACCGCACCAAGUGUACAAAACUGGACCACAGAGAACCAGAGAAAACACUCCAAUAAGCACGGCGCGUUACCGAGAACAGAAAACUACCAAGGGAAGGGGGAGUGGAGAAUUCGGAGGGCGAACGACCGGUGGGAAUACCCAACAAAUACCGAGCUGACGAUGAGUCGCAGCAUCGUACGACAGAGUAAGUUCCGGCACGUCUUCGGACAGGCGGGGAAGACGGAGCAGGGAUAUGAUGACAUACGCGUUUCCAAAGUGACGUGGGACAGCUCGUUCUGUGCCGUCAACCCAAAGUUCCUGGCCGUCAUUGUGGAGUCCAGCGGGGGCGGAGCCUUCCUCGUCCUGCCCCUCUCUAAGAUGGGUCGUCUGGAUAAGAACCACCCAUUGGUGACUGGCCAUACUGGGCCUGUCCUGGACAUCGACUGGUGCCCUCACAACGACAACAUCCUGGCAUCCUGCUCAGAAGACACCACAGCCAUGGUGUGGCAGAUCCCUGACCAGAUGGGGACCCGGCCCAUAUCAGAGCCCAUCGUGGUCCUGGAGGGACACUCCAAACGCGUCGGCAUUGUCACCUGGCACCCCACCGCACGCAACAUACUACUCACUGCAGGCAGUGAUAACCUGAUAAUAAUCUGGAACGUGGGAACUGGCGAGGCGCUCAUCUCCAUGGACGACCACCCAGACCUCAUCUACAACGUCAGCUGGAACCGUAACGGCAGCCUGUUCUGCACCACCUGUAAAGACCGACGCCUCCGUGUAUGUGACCCCCGCAAGAGAGAGGUGGUCGCGGAGAGGAUGGCUCCACACGACGGGAUCCGACCGAUGAGGGCCAUCUUUACCAGAGACGGAAACCUGUUCACUACCGGCUUCACCAGGAUGAGUCAGAGAGAGCUGGGCUUGUGGGACCCGACAAGUUUUGAGGAGCCCAUUGCACUGCUGGAGUUGGAUACAAGUAACGGUGUGUUGUUACCGUACUACGACCCAGACACCAACAUGGUUUACCUCUGUGGAAAGGGGGACAGUAGUAUCCGGUACUUUGAGAUAACAGAGGAGCCUCCCUAUGUCCACUACCUCAGUACCUUCAGCAGCAAGGAGCCUCAGAGGGGGAUGGGCUUCAUGCCUAAGAGAGGGGUGGACGUCAGCAAGUGUGAGAUCGCCAGGUUAUAUAAGCUUCAUGACAAGAAGUGUGAGCCCAUCGCCAUGACAGUACCUAGAAAGUCAGACCUGUUUCAGGAUGACCUGUAUCCAGACACGGCAGGUUCAGACCCAGCUCUGGAGCCAGAGGAGUGGCUGGAGGGGCGAGACGAGGACCCCACCCUCCAGUCCUUGAGAGAUGGCUACGUUCCCCCUAAGAGCCGCGAGCUCAAAGUGGCCAAGAAGAACGUUCUGGACUCCAGACCCACCACCAGACGCAGCAUGUCCUCCUGCGACGGCUCAGCCAACCUGCCUCCUCAGUUGGUAGAGCGGUUGUUGGAAGAAGUUCAGAAUCUCAAGGCAACAGUUCUGUCUCAGGAGAAGAGAAUCUGUGACCUUGAGAAUAAACUCUCCAAGUACACCAACGGCACAGCCUAAUACACACACAUCCUUCACACACACACACACACACACACACACACACACACACACACACACACACACACACACACACACACACACACACACACACACACACACACACACACACACACACACACACACACACACACACACACACACACACACACACACACACACACACAAAAUUCCUCUAUCCACAUACACCGCCACACAGCCAGGCCAACAUUCAAUCAAAGCUGUUAGCAACAAGCACAUUGCACUUGACUUUUAAAGGCAAUUUACGAUUGAGCUGAAAUCCGCGGGUGUAUACCAUGAAUGUGAUCUCCGUGAACAACUGUGAAAUUGACUUUUAAAAGGUGCAUUGUCGUUUGUGUAGUUCACAGCUCUGCAACCUGCCUUUGAAUAAAUUCCACGCUAGCAACCCCAAUAACCCCUAACUUCAAACACAUAUGACCCCCACCCCCCCACACACACACACACACACACACACACACACACACACACACACACAGACACCCCCCCCCCUCCCCCAACAAUGCUCAGUACCUAGAGAGAGUGUCAGUUGAAAAAUUAUGUUUGAGUCGGGUUGUGAGAGACAUUUUGUGAAAGUUACUGGAAUUUUUAAAACCUAGUUGAGAGUCCAAACAGUAUCAUAGGCUACACACACGCACUGUCCUCAUCCCUCCAUCCAUCACCGACCAACACUCAGUAAUAACCAUCUCUGGCUGUCAGUCAACCUUCUCAAAAUGUAAAUAGUGAGAUAAAGAAAAAAAUGUGUGUGGGGAGGGGGGGGUUAAAAAAUACCCACAUUUGUGGAAAAAAAAUUAAUCUAAGAAGACUUUAGUGUGUUCUGUAAAUGAUUAUACAUGAGACAUGUGAUGACAUCAAUUAAAACAAUCUUUUUUUUAACUGGUUGGACGAAACUUUUCAUUUUCUUGUGUCAUGGAGCUGCUUUUAUUUUUUUAUGUAAUGUUUUCCUGGUGUUUUACAAAUGUUUCAUCCUGAGAAUAAAUCACUCUUUUUCCUGUG